UAUAAGCACCUGGAGAGGCAUCCAGUGGUUUCUGAACAGCCAUGGAGAAAGUGAAGGUCUUUGUGGUUGUCGUCCUGUCCCUGGGAACAGCCUCAGCAGCCUCUCUGGGUGUUGUGCAGACAGAGGGCGGCAGCGUUCAGGGACAAAAUAUUCCCCAAGGCCUUUUCCGCUCUGUGGAGGUUUUCAGAGGAAUUCCCUUCGCUGCCAAACCUGGAAACUUAGAGAAACCCAAACCUCACCCUGGCUGGGAUGGCAUACUGAGGGCGACUAAGUUUGCCAGUAGAUGUCUCCAGAUCAGUAUGCUCCAGACUUCGACUUUCGGUAGUGAAGACUGCCUCUACCUCAACAUCUGGGUUCCUCAUGGACGACAUGUGUCGUCAAACCUCCCAGUGAUGAUUUGGUUUUAUGGGGGAGGCUUCAUGGUCGGGGGCUCAAUGGGGCCAAAUUUCCUAAACAACUAUCUGUACAGCGGCCAGGAAAUUGCAGACAAGGGCACUGUUAUCGUGGUGUCGGUGGGAUACCGUGUGGGAACGCUGGGCUUCCUCAGCACAGGAGACUCGAGCUUACCUGGGAACUAUGGUCUGUGGGACCAGCACGCCGCCAUCGCCUGGGUGCACAGGAACAUCCGCUCCUUUGGAGGAGACCCGGACAACGUCACCCUCUUUGGAGAGUCUGCGGGUGGCGCUAGUGUUAGCUUCCAGAUGCUUUCCCCCCAAAACAAAGGGCUGUUCAAGAGGGCGAUCUCCCAGAGCGGCGUCGCCUUCUGCCCCUGGGCUCUCAACAGGAACCCACGCAAGGUUGUAGAGGAGGUUGCUGGGAAGGUCGGCUGCCCCACCGAUGACAGGAUGGUGGCCUGUCUGAAAUCAACCGAUGCCGCGACUCUCAGCAUGGCUUCUCCCCGCGUCACACAAGGCUCCCCGGACCAUCCCGGAGUGACGAGCCUGCUACUGAUGCCGGUAGUCGAUGGAGACUUCCUGCCUGAUCAGCCUGGCAACUUGUUCCGCAAUGCCGCGGACAUAGACUACCUUGCGGGGGUUAAUAACAUGGAUGGUCACCUCUUCACUUCGCAGGACAUUCCUUCCUUUAGUAACAAGGAUAAAGACGUCCUUGUAGAAGAUGUAAGGCGGCUCCUUGCUGCUUAUACCAAGGAGAAGGGGGAAGUUGGUUUGGACAUCGCCUUCGCCGAAUAUUCAUCCAACUGGGGGUCGGAACCUGUCCAGGAGACCAUCAGGAGAACUGCUGUGGACAUUGGGACCGAUUACCUCUUCCUGGUUCCCGUUCUGUCCGCCAUUUAUCUGCAUGCUGCUAACGCCAGGUCUGGCCGUACUUACUCCUACCUGCUGUCUGAGCCCAGUUUAUUGGCCGGGCCGGGCAGACCCUACCACGACUGGGUGGGAGCCGACCACGCCGAUGACCUGCAGUUCGUGUUCGGCAAACCCUUCGCCACGCCGAAGGCCUAUGGAGACAGACACAGAGACCUGUCGGGCUACAUGAUUGCGUACUGGACUAACUUCGCCAGGACUGGAAACCCCAACAAAGGAAACCUGGUGGUGCCCGUGGUCUGGCCUGAAUGCACCAGCGGCGGCCACCAGUUCCUGGAGAUCAACGCCAAAAUGAACGAGAGCUCCGCUGGACAGGACAUGAGGUCACGUUUUGUUCGCCUCUGGGCCAGCACCCUUCCCAGCCUCCCAUCGUUUCAUGCCACAGACGCCCUGUGAUGCAUUUCCUGAAUAAAAAAAAUCUGUACAAUAAACGUUACGAGUGGGGAAAAAAACAAA